UUUAUUUUGAAAAAGGAGACCCGGAAAAGUGUGUCACCGGCUUAACUACACGUUUUCCCCCAUACCACAGAAGCUCGGUGAGUAGAGGCAGGCAGGGCGCCAUGGGUGAAGAACUGAGUCCUGAUGAGAAGUUUAACCUCAUCACCCGGAACCUUCAGGAGGUUCUUGGGGAGGAGAAGCUGAAGGCAAUUCUUAAGGAAAGAGAAUUAAAGGUGUACUGGGGCACAGCAACCACUGGCAAGCCACAUGUAGCCUACUUUGUCCCCAUGUCUAAGAUUGCAGACUUCCUGAAGGCCGGCUGUGAGGUGACCAUCCUUUUUGCUGACCUUCAUGCCUACUUGGACAACAUGAAGGCACCUUGGGAGCUGCUUGAGCUCCGAGUUCAAUACUACGAGCAGGUCAUUAAGGCCAUGUUGGAGAGUAUCGGAGUCCCUCUGGAUAAACUAAAGUUUAUCAAAGGCACAGACUACCAGCUGAGCAGGGAGUACACACUAGAUGUGUAUCGGCUGUCGUCCAUAGUGACUGAGCAUGAUGCGAAGAAGGCUGGGGCUGAAGUAGUGAAGCAGGUGGAGCACCCUCUCCUGAGUGGCCUGCUCUACCCCGGACUGCAGGCACUGGAUGAGGAGUACUUAAAGGUGGAUGCUCAGUUUGGUGGAGUGGAUCAGAGGAAGAUCUUCACUUUGGCUGAAAAGUACCUGCCAUCUCUAGGUUAUGCAAAGCGCAUCCACAUGAUGAACCCCAUGGUGCCCGGCCUGACUGGAGGCAAGAUGAGCUCUUCUGAAGAGGAAUCCAAGAUAGAUCUCCUUGACAAAAAAGAGGAUGUAAAGAAGAAACUGAAGAAGGCUUUCUGUGAACCGGGCAACAUCCAAAACAAUGGAGUCCUUUCUUUUGUCAAGCAUGUCCUCUUCCCACUGCAUUCUGGAUUUGUGAUUAAAAGAGAUCCUAAAUGGGGCGGAGACAAAGUUUACACAACGUAUGAGGAAGUAGAGAAAGACUUUGGUGAGGAGCAAAUCCAUCCAGGUGAUUUAAAGGCAUCAGUAGAAGUGGCCCUGAACAAACUUCUGGAUCCCAUCAGGAAAAAGUUUGAGACACCAGAGUUGAAGAAACUGACCAACUCAGCCUAUCCCUCAAAAAACAAGGCUGCUGCAAAAGGGAACCCCAAAAAGACAGAAGAGGAGGAUGACAUCAUCCCAUCAAGGCUGGACCUCCGAGUGGGCAAAAUUGUCAGUGUAGAGAAGCACCCAGAUGCAGACAGCCUUUAUUUAGAGAAGAUUGACGUUGGAGAAGAGCAGCCUCGGACUGUCGUGAGUGGACUGGUGGCAUACAUUUCUCAGGAGGAGCUUCAGGACCGACUUGUGGUGGUGUUGUGUAAUUUAAAGCCUCAGAAGAUGCGUGGGAUCGAGUCUCAGGCUAUGUUGCUCUGUGCGUCAGUUGAGGGCGAAUCCAAAAAAGUAGAGCCUUUGGAUCCACCUGAAGGAUCAGCACCAGGAGAUCGUGUCUUUGUAGACGGCUAUACAUCAGGAACACCGGAUGAUGAACUCAAGCCAAAGAAGAAGGUGUUCGAGAAGAUUCAGGUGGACUUGAAGAUCUCGGAUGAAUUGAUAGCUCAAUGGAACAUGAAAGAUUUGAUGACCAAACUAGGAAAAAUCACCUGUAAAACACUGAAGGGUGGCAGCAUUUGCUAGAUAUUCUUUCCCUUUUCUUUAAAACACAUAAUCUUUAAAACUUAAAAUCAUUCAUGUUACACUAUUAUACACAUCAUUCAAGCCUUUAUCAAAAACAAGAGUAAUGACUUGGUAAAGGAGCUUCGUUCAUCGUUCAUAUACCGUUAUGUCACUUGCUGCUAAAACAACCUAAGAGCACUUGAUCUGAACAUCACGCUGAAAUUCUGUGCCAUACAUCACUUGUACCUCUGUCCUUAAUGGCUCAUACUUGGAUUAGGUAAUUUGUGUAAUCUGUUACCCGUCAUUACAAGUAGUGACAUUAUGUCUGAGGACACCUCAGUGAAUGAAGGAAGGUAUGAGGAUGUUAAACUAGAUGGAAACAGAAGCAUUAUGUACUGAAUUCAUUGUACAAAAUGAAUAAUAUUAACCAAACCCAUACAAAAUAAAUAUGUUCAAUUCACA